AGGACUGUGGUUAAUUUUCAAGAUGGCGGACGGAACUGUUCAUCUGACCAAGAAACGAUUUGAAGGGAAGAUAGGGUCGCAAAUCAUCCAUUUUAUCCUUUGAAAAUAUAGAAAAAUGCCAUUAAGUAGUCUUAGUUCAUAUAGCUUUAGAAUUAACAAAAAGACGCUAGGAUAUAUUUUAGAUCUGAGUUCAAUUUGGUAUCAUCUUACGUAAUCAAGGCUUGUAAACAAACUAACUUAUUAAUCUUAUGGUUUGCUGUUUUUAUUUGAAUGGACGGUAUAGUCAGUCAGCAGGACUAGGAAGUACUACAGAAUAUUUCUGAAAUAGCGAUUGAAACUGUUAUCCCCUAUAAGAUUAUUGACUUAACUUUGCAUAAGAGCAAAGCAAGUUUAUCAUAAGUAAUACCAUAUCCGUAGCUCUUGCAGAAGAGUCUGCAGAAGAACUGUUUCAUAUGCAAAUAACCAAGACGUAAAGCAAUUAAUUAUUGAGACAAAACUCUUGUUUAUCGUAUUUUUUUUCAAGCAAAUAAAUUUUGACUGCAAUUCUCGAUUCUUUAGCUAAUCGUAAGUUUAGUUUAGUUAACCAGAAAUAGAUAGACUUACACAGUAGUUGCAAAACUGUAAGUUUACUACAAUGGGGAUUUGCCAGAUACUUGGAAUAGUUCUGAUGUUCAUAAUCAUCUUAUUGGUAUUUUGCAUCAUCAGUUAUUACUUAUGGCCUUCACUGCUGGUGGAGUUGCUCCAAAGAUGGAGUAUGUACAGGGCAGGCUUUGUCUCUAAAACUGUCAAUGUAGGGGUUGACUUCCAGUUUUCAUACAUGGAAAGAGGCACUCCUUCUGAAACAAACCAGUCCAUUGUUCUUAUUCAUGGAUUUUCAGCCAGUAAAGAUGUAUGGUGCAACAUGUCCUAUGCCUUUCCCAAUACCAUACACAUCAUUGCAGUGGACCUUCCUGGACAUGGUAAAACUACUCGGCGUCAUGAUGGGGACCAUACUGUUCCUGCACAAGUCAUAAGACUGCAUCAGUUUGUUCAUGCAGUUGGGCUUCACCAAAGAAAGUUCCAUUUAGCAGGGAUAUCCAUGGGAGGACACAUCGUAGGGGUCUACGCAUCCAAGCAUUCAAAUAACCUUCUAUCUGUGACCAUGAUGUGUCCAGCUGGCAUAGAUGCACCACACUUGAGUGAAUUCCUUGAAGAUGUUCUAAAGAAAGGAGAAAAGAAUUACUUGAUUCCGGAAACACCUGAGGACUUUCUCACCAUGUGGAAAAAGGUUGUCUAUAAAUACAUCCAUCUUCCGUAUUUUGUAGCAAAGUUGUUCACAGAUGUGCGAAGACCAUUCAAUGGUUUUUACAGGAAAGUUUUAGAGGACCUCGCCCAUCCAGACCAUCGAUUUCUUCUCCAAAAUGUACUUGAAGAUAUUACUGUCCCAACCUUAGUCUUGUGGGGUGAACAUGACAAGAUCAUCCAUGUAUCAUCAGUUGAUGUCAUAAAGGAGAAGUUGGGGACCUCUCAAGUACACAUUCUUGACAAUUGUGGCCAUGCAUUGUCUUUGGAACGACCUUGGAAAACCGCUAAACUCAUGAUGCAGUUUUACACAUCUAUAGAAUCUUAAAGACAGUGAUUUUAAUUUUUGUUUACAUGCCUUAAUUAACAUUAAUUGUGCGGUGAUGCUACAAUUAAAGUAAUUUUACACACGGAAAAAAAAAAAAAAAAAAAAAAAUUCUGAUCAAUAGUUAUAUUAAUAAAAAAUGUUUGUGAAUAUUUACAGAGCUGCAAGUCUUCGAGCAGCAAAUAAUAUUGUGUUAGUAUCAUAUUACACAGGUGAUUAUUUAAAAGAAAAUAGAAAACACCGGUUAAUUUCUACAAUCUUUAUCUAUUUCGUAUUUUGAAAGCAGUCCAUAAAUAACUGUCCACUUGCAGCAUGCAUCAUAACAAACUAUCUGCUGGCGCUUAGAAUUAAACUGUAGGUCAUUAUUGAGAAAUGGUCGGCAGUUCUGGAAAAAUUAGCACAAACAAUUUUCUAUAAUCACCUGUGUAAUGAUACUGAAUAAAUAUAUUAGACAUUUAGGGUCGAGUUUCACAGAUGGACUACAGGUCAACCACCAAUGAGGCACAGCUGAGUGGGCAAUUUGCCAGAUCCAUGGCUUAUUAUGGACAAGUGAAAUAAAAAAAAUUUGAUAUAGCAAUGAAUUAAACAAUUUAUAAAUAUUUUUUCCCAUUUAUCGAUCUUCUCACUUAAUAAGUAUAGGAAAUCGCACAAUCUAGAGUUACAAUUCGGAAUUUAUUCAGCUUAAUGGACAAGUGAAAUAAAAAAUAUAUCAUAUAGCAAUCAGAAUUAAACAAUCUAAACAACCA